UAAUUUUCUCUCUUUUCCAGAGAGUAAAAUGGCUAAAGGUAACAUUCAAGACAGGAUAUUAGAAUACGAGAGAUUCAUAAACGAUGUUUUGAAACAAGAUUUGCGGGGAGUGGAAUCACAACUUGUCGCAAAUAACGCUGAAAUCGCCGAUCUUCUUCAACAAAAACAUACAUUGAAAGUGGUAGCAGACAAAAGUAUGCAUCCUAAUGGAUUCAAGACUCAAGUGAACUUAGGUUGUAACUUUUUUAUGGAAGCUUCUGUGCCAGAUACUUCAGAACUGCUUGUGAAUAUAGGAUUGAAUCAUUACCUACAAUUUAGCUUAGAAGAAGCAAAUAAAUAUUUAGAUGUAAGAAUAAAGGCAUUUGAGAAACAAGGGGAAACGAUACAGAACAAAGCUGCGGAGAUAAAGGCCCAUAUAAAAUUAAUGUUGUUCGGGAUUGCUGAACUGCAGGAUAAAGGCUUGAAGAAGAAGACCGAUACAACUUAGGUUUAAGGUAAAUAUUGUUGUACAUGCAUCUGGAAUGUUAAAAAGUUGAUUAAAAAUCAGAAAAAUAAAUGAAUUGUCCAAUGAAA